UUUUAAGCGAGCCUUUGAAAGAACAGGAGCUUUAAUAUCUUUCUGAAGUGGAGUUGGUGUGGAGAUCUGGGAGUGUGAACUCAGGAUGAAGAUCCUCCUCAUCUUCACCCUCUGUCUGAUCUCAGAUGGAGGAGACGCCAAGGAAGUAACAGGAUAUUCAGGAAUAGGAGUCCUUAUCAAGUGCAAGUAUGAUACAGAAUACACACAAAACAAAAAAUGUUUCUGUAAGGGUCCAAUGACAUCCUGUUCUAACCAAAUAAAGACAGGAGCUAAAAACGAGUGGGAAAAUUCAGGAAGAUUCUCACUGUUUGAUGACACCAAAUCAGCAGAGUUCAGUGUGAUGAUCAGAGAGCUCACUGUAGAGGACGCUGGGACGUAUCAUUGUGGAGUUUAUUUACCCAGGGGAAAUAACACUUACAAACCGGUGGAACUGAAGGUAAAGGAAGAUGUGUCCUAUGAGAAGUCCAUCAGUAAGACUGUCCAUGUAGGAGGAGAUCUGAAUAUCAGCUGUAAAUACCCAGAAUCCCUCAGGAGUGACCCCAAGUUUCUCUGUAAGACGAGGCUGAAAGAUUCUGCUUGUUUUUAUAAAGAAUCUGUUAAUGAAAGUAGAAAAUAUGUAAAUGAGGGGAAAUUCUCCUUGUAUGAUGACGGAGAAACACAAAUGUUGACUGUGAGUAUUAGAAAUGUAACUGAGCAGGACUCUGGUGAAUACUGGUGUGGAGCUGAAGCAGCCUGGACAUCUGAUCAUGGAUACAAGGUUUAUUUCACACAGAUCGACCUGACAGUUACUGGUGAGUUUGUAUGAGUAAAGCUGCUAUUCUAUAAUUUCAGACCAUUCUGACAGCUUGAUUUAUCUUAGAAUGUAUUUUAUAUUCUUGCUCUAUUGGAAGAGAGGUUUUGCUUCUUACUGAAAUACAUUUGCUUACUUCAAGCAUUUAUUCAUCAACAGAAAAAGAAAAUGAAUUCAUUCAUCUUCACAGAGUCACAUCCUCAUUGACACUUAACAGUAAUGUAGUGUAGCCAUUCCACUUCUCAGCAUGUUUGUGGGAGUGGGAGAAAACCAGAGAACCCGGAGGAAUCACAGUGUCACAAUUGCAUGUUUUUGAACUUCUUAUUUAGUUUUAGUUCCUGUGUUUGUGCUCACCUCAGGUGUAUUUCUCCUGAUUAGUUUCUCUGUUUAAGUUCUGUGUUUUCUCCCCUUAGUUGCUUGGCGUUUAUGUUUUCCCCUGUCAUAGCCUUGUCUUAAUUUUGGUUGGUUUUGCUAGGUCUUGGUUCUUUUUCUUUCUUCUGGUUAUUUAUUAGUUGUUUAUUUAAUAAAGCUCAUCUGCACUCGCAUCAGUCUCCCUGGAUUUGGUACAAAUGUAUUUUGAGUUUGUUUUGUUUUGGGGGAGAAAAUAAGAGGCUGGUGAUGGAACGACU